AUGCAUAAACAAAGGGUACCAGAAACAACUCAAGAAGAAUUAAACACAGCACUUGAAGCUGCCAAAAACGCGUAUAAAACAUGGAGUCAAAGUACUAUUAUGACACGCCAACAGCUCAUGUUCAAAUUUGCACGAUUGCUCCGAGAAAACCAAAGCAAAUUGGCGGCAAAAAUCACAGAAGAACAAGGCAAGACAAUAGCUGAUGCUGAAGGAGAUGUUUUGAGAGGAAUUCAGUUGGUAGAACAUUGCUGUAGCAUUACAAGCCUUCAACUAGGCGACUGUAUUCAAAAUAUUGCAAGGGACAUGGACACUCAUAGUUACAAAGUUCCUUUGGGAGUUGUAGGAGGUGUGGCAGCUUUUAAUUUCCCAGUAAUGAUUCCACUGUGGAUGUUCCCACCUGCAAUAGUAACUGGCAACACUUGCCUCAUCAAGCCUUCGGAACAGGACCCCGGUGCAACUCUCAUGAUGAUGGAACUGUUGCAAGAGGCUGGUGCUCCGGCUGGUGUGGUUAAUGUUGUACAUGGAACCCAUGACACUGUAAACUUCAUCUGUGACAAUCCAGAUAUCAAGGCAGUAUCGUUUGUUGGUGGUGAUGCAGCUGGAAAACAUAUCUAUAAUAGGGCUUCAGCUGCAGGUAAACGAGUACAAAGUAACAUGGGAGCAAAGAACCACGGUGUGAUAAUGCCUGAUGCUAACAAGGAACACACACUUAACCAGCUCACCGGUGCUGCCUUCGGAGCUGCUGGACAACGGUGUAUGGCUCUCAGUACUGCUGUGUUUGUUGGUGAGGCAAAAGAAUGGAUUCCGGAUCUGGUGAAACGUGCACAGGCAUUGAAAGUUAACGCUGGUCAUAUCCCCGGGACCGAUGUGGGCCCAGUUAUUUCAGUUAAAGCUAAGGAGAGGAUUAUUAGACUGAUGGAAUCCGGUGUCAAAGAAGGUGCUAAACUCGUUCUCGAUGGAAGGGGUAUUAAAGUAUCAGGUUUUGAAAAAGGUAACUUUGUUGGACCCUCCAUACUUACUGAUGUCAAACCAAACAUGGAGUGCUAUAAGGAAGAAAUCUUUGGUCCAGUACUUGUGUGCCUCUUCGUUGAUACCUUAGAUGAAGCUAUUCAAAUGAUCAACGCCAAUCCCUAUGGAAAUGGUACAGCCAUAUUCACUACAAAUGGCGCCACAGCUAGGAAAUUCUCUGCAGAAAUAGAUGUUGGACAAGUAGGAGUGAAUGUGCCAAUUCCAGUCCCUCUUUCCAUGUUUUCUUUCACUGGUACCCGAGGUAGUUUCUUGGGCACAAAUCACUUCUGCGGCAAGCAAGGCAUCGACUUUUACACUGAAUUGAAGACUGUAGUAUCGUACUGGCGUCAAAGCGAUGUAUCCCAUUCUAAAGCUGCAGUAUCUAUGCCAACCCAACAGUAAAAAACCAGUGCCAUUUUAUUACAUGUAAGCAAAAGUGUUACAGCAUUUAUGUUGAUUAUUUAUACAUUCAUGUACAUUGUACAAAUGUAUGUCUUCCAUAAUUGUGAUAAGUAGAAUCUGUUUUAUGGGUGUUGUUUAAUAUUUGCUCAGCAAAUAAAGGUAUAUUUUUUUA